CUCUCUUUUUGACAAAUAACCCACCUCACACAUAUAUAUCCAAAAGAAAGUCUAUACUUUUACAAAGAAAAAAGAAGAAGAAGAAGAGAAAGUAUAAUAAACUCCUUCAACCCCUCAAAUUUCUUCACUUUGCCUCUCAAAUCUCUCUCUCUCUCUCUCUCUCUGGGUGCGACAUAUAUUUGAUGAGGUGUUGUUAGGCUUGGAGUUUUUGGGCCGUGGAGAGCUAAACCAAUGCGCAUGGACCGAGUCCAGCCCAUACCGGACCAGAGGACCUCACCAACGGUUCUCUCCAUAGACUGCCUCAAAGGCAGCUCCAAGGCCGACGAGUGGACCGGCGAUUUCCUCCAGACUGGAGACAUCGUCGAGGAGCUUCGGAUCGGCCGUAUUGGUUCUCGCCGUAGCGGAAGCUCCGGAUCGGUCCUCCACUUCACUCAGCCGUUCAAGAACGGCCGGAGCGGCGUCCAGAAGGUCCUCAACGACGCCUUCAAGAAGAAGGAGACCUCGAUUCUCGUCCGCGUUCGGAGAGGCGCCGACGAGUUCGCCGAGCUGCAGGCCUGCAUCGUCCCCAACGACUCCGCUGGAAAGAAGCAGUACGUCCUCCGGUCGAUCGCAGAUCCGAAUUACGCCGUCGGUUUCGUUGAUCGCUCUGAGGCCGAGUGCUUGGAGCUCCAAGCUUCAAGGAGUGCCAGGAUGGUAAAUGCACUAUCGACUACUCGGCUUCAAGAUGGAUAUGUUGCAUAUCCAUGGGAGAGGAGGAUGCAGGAGUUUCUAUCAGUUCCCUCUUCCAGCUCCUUUCUUUCUAUUCUUCUCCUUCCAAAAGCUUCAGAUCAAGUUGCUUCUCGGUACAAUGACUUGGAAGACACCCUUGCUAGGGCAAAUGCAUGGCUUAAUGCGUGUCAGGCGUCUGGGGUUCCUAUAGUCUUUAUGAACAUCCAGACUGAGUCACUGCUUACCAAGAUCUCUGGAGAAACAGCAUCUUCCACAGUAAAUGCUGGGUCCUUAUCCGAUUUGUCUAAUCUUACAAAUACAAGUCUAUAUGGUUUUGAGGAUUACCAUGGGGUGGACAUCGGUGUGGUUAAAGCAGUUCGUCUCUGGUAUGCUCCUCUUGGAGGAGAAUUUCCUAUAGAAAUCAAGCUAAAAGAUAGUGAUACGAGGCUUGGAUUCGCUAUUAGCCGCACAGAAGAGGGAUUUAUUUUCGUCUCAUCGGUUAUUGACGGUGAUGCAAAUGCACCUUCGACCCGCUCAGGGUUGGGUAAUUUGUACAAAGAGGCUUCAAAUGUAUCUAGGCUGCUGGUAAUCUCAAGAGUUGGCAAUCAAAAGGUCCUUCCAUGGAUGGUUUCCUCGACCGGAGCAAUUCGAUGCUUUGAUACUGUUUCACUCAGCCAGAAGCUCUCAUUGCACCGGCAUGCCAAGGUUCCCAUUUUCAUUCAUGUGUUUUUGUGGGACCGAGGAGUAGCUCUUCCCAGUGGGGCCAACAGAUUUAGGGCGGCUCCUCCACAUGCCCAGGCAUUACCACCUGAAGUUCAAUUGGCACCCCCUCCAAAUGAGAAUCAAAUACAGCCUCCUGCGCCGCCUGAAGUUCCUACCGAGAGUAAAGUCGCCGGUGACGGAGCAGAGCUAAGGCUUGAUCGAGACACGGCUGGGGAAGUCUCGUUUAGAUUCCAUGAUUUUUCACUCUCAAGCAAUUGGGUAUGAUUUUGGUUCUUCAUUUAAGGUGCUUCCAUCUUUAAUAGUUGUAAAUAGAGAGGUCUCUAAUAGGCAUGUCAUUUGAUUGUAAGUUGCUCUUUCACCAUCGGCUUGAUCAUUUAGAAAAUUCAGUAUAGAAAGUAUAGGACUUUACAUACACAAUAAAAUUUUACAUGUUUUGUGAGUGUGUAGAUGUAAUGACAACUUUGUGAUAGCAAGUGGCAUCUUCUUUCUUUU